AUGGGGUGGGACCGUGGUUUUGCUCGGGUUAAGGAAGAAAGAAAGAACUUGAGCUUCUUCAAGAUAUUCCAGAGUGCAGAUUUAUCCUCCGAAUCUAUGAGAGCGAUGCCUUACAACUUCAUGAAGAAUGUGUCUAAGAAAGACUUCCACUACAAGAUGGUGAUAAGAGCGCAGUGGGGAAGCUCGUGGGAAGUAGACAUCUCCAAGAACCCUAGUUUCUACUACAUGGAGAAGUCUGGAUGGAACCAGUUUGUGAGCGACAAUGCUUUGGGAGAAAACGAGUUUGUGACUUUCACUCACAAGGGUUUAAUGUGCUUCAAUGUCAACAUCUAUGGGAAGAACGGCAAGGAGAUUGUCACACCUCGCAAACCCCAGACAACGACUCCAUUUAGUGGGAUCAAGAAAGAAGAAGGUGAGAGCAGCUACAGAGAUGUGAAGAAGGAAGAUGAGUCCACGGGAGGAGUUGAGUUGGAAGAGGAAAAGAAGAAGGCUGCUGAAUCCAAAACAUCCAAGAAGAAGAGCAAGAGCAAGAAAGUGGAGAAAGAAGAAGAAGAUCAAGAGAAAGAAAGUCAAGAACGGUGUGUUCCAGAAUUCAAAAUCACCAUAACGAACUCAUACCUCAAGUUCCUUGGCAAUCCCAAAGAUGUUUGAGGAGGCGUACACAUCCCAGAUGAGUCUAAGGUGUACAUGAUACAUAACUCGGAAGGGAAGGGUUCAUGGGAGGUGCAUUGCUUGGUGAGGCAGACUCGUACAAUCUUCUUCAAGUGGAUGAGAGUAGACUCGCACGCUGUGAGUACCCUUUAUCGGUUUGGUGAUAGGUGUACCUUCCACCUCGUCAAACCUACCGAGUUUGUCCUCACCUCUAAGAAGGCCAGAGAGUAG